CUCCGAGUCACACUUCGAGUCACACUCCUGCUGAAGCCCGAUCCUCCCAUGCAGUCCUCUGCCCCUUCUCCCAGCUCCCACCCCCUCAGCCAUUCGAGGCUUUCAUCUACCCCUCAAACGGCGUAUUAGCGUACCAGCAACCCCAGAUCUCCGCACCGCGCAUCCAGCAACGGCUGCCCUCGCACAAUGCCCAAGAAGCACGCCCCCGCAUACACCCAAACAAAGCCAACCUAUGUCCACCCGUCAUUACAGAGCUCGCGCUCAUCGACACCCUCUGCGCCGUCGACACCCCAGACGGUGAAUCAGCGCAUACAACAGCUGCGCCGCGAGCAGACACCCCGCCCGACCACGGAGCAGAGGGAUGAACUCACAUUGGCAGUAAGCAGCCGCACCGUCCCGCCCGACUUACGGCGCAUACUACGCAUCCCGGAGGUUAACGCGCCGAAACCAAAGCCCGGCACGCGUACACGCAGAACCAUGGGAGGCGCGAGACCACCGCCUGGGCCUGCAGCGCCGAGUAGCUGGCUGGAGAGGAGUCGGCAUGCGCCCGCGCGAGUGCGGAGGUUGCAGAGGGAUCUGAUUGGCGACCUUAACGGCCCGCCGAGGUUCUCCUUGUUGGCGAGGGUCACGGAUGACGAGUUCAAGCGCUUGCCAUCGCCGAGGAGCUUGGUCCAUCAUUGUCUACGCACUUUCGCCUUGAACUGGGAGGAGCUGUCGGAGUUCGAACAGCACUAUCUUCCCACGCUGCCGCUGUCACUGAGAGAAGUCUUGCUGGGCUAUCUGACGGUAUACGCGAAUAAGGGGUGUAUGGACUUCCGGUCCUUCAAGAUACUCUUUCAGAGCGAUGAGGCGGGGGGCGCAUCAGGCUGGGACGAGACGCGCUUCCUCGACCUCACCGGCAUGUUGAACGAGAACUUCAACCUCAACGACCUGGCGAAAUGCCUCAAGCGCCCGACUACACAAACCACGCUGGGGCUGGAAGAUCUAAGUAUAGACCCCACGACCCCACCCAAAGGCAAAGAAAAGGCUCCCAUCUCGGACUCCUGGGACGACGAAGACGAGACCGAUUCCCCCACUACGACCCCCUCUGUCCUUCCCGCACACCUCAAAACCCCCUACUUUUCCAAUCUCAGCCGCCUCUCUCUCGCCCACGCCGGCCUCUACGCAUCCUGGCCCGACCUCCUAAAACUCUCUCCAAACCUAAGCAGAAUACAACACCUCUCCCUCGCCUACUGGCCACGGCCCUCAUCAACCCCCAACGCAACAACCACAUCCAUGAUAUCAAACCACACAUCCAUCGCCCUGGGCGGCUCACACUUCUACUCGGACCUCGACGACGACUGGCACGAAGCCGCCAACAUCCUGCGCCGCCUAAGUCUCAACACCUACUCACUCCUCUGGCUCGACCUCGAAGGCUGCACCUGGCUCAAAGCGCUCACACUGCGGUUUCGCGUCUCCGAGGGCCCCCGCGCAGGCCCCAGCUACGACGUCGAUACCUGGCAGCCCGCCGCCACCAAGAUCCUCGGCCCGGACUGGAACGACGCGUGGAGUCGCGUCACGUAUGUGAAUUUCUUCCAGGGCUGGAUUCCAGCAGAUAAUACGGCGAUUCAAAAUAUGCCCGCGGGGAUUGUGCCGGUGCAGCUUAUGGUGUGGCUGCGCGAGAAUAGGGGGAAGGAGGGGGAGGCGUGGAAGAUGAAUGUGGAGGAGACGGGGAGUGCGGUCGCGGAGUGGGUGCAGAGGGAGAAGAACGCGAGGAGUGUGGCUAGUGAGAUUCAACAUGCGAGGAAGAGUGGUGUGGGGGAGUGGUGCGAGGUGGAUCAUGGGUGGGGGAGGGAGAAGGUAUCGUGACUUGUUCCGCAUUUGAUUGUGGGGUGUUGAUGUGGGGGUGGUCAGAUGCGGGGAUGAAUAGAAGAUGUUGUAGACCAUGUUGCAAUAUCAUAGUAGAGGAUGGGAGAUGUUCAUUGACGUGCUUUUCUCCAGUCUAGGAGACCUGAUAAAUCUGUGUUUGUACACUCACUACACCUCAAGAUAUACUACAUAGAUAUCCCAAUCCAAGACUA